UCACAGAGAGUCCAAUAGAAUCAUAUCAUAGAAUCCAUAAAUUUCCUACGUGCGCGUCCGCUCCAACCAACAUGGGAGACUGGCUGACUAUAGAUAACGACGGAAACGGUGCCAGCAAUGGAAAUGGUUUCGAAUUGUCCAAUGCAUCAUUGCCCGUUCCUCAUCCGGAUCACUCGCAAUACAAUAUGGACGGUCUAGACAGCAACCCAAACCAAUCACUGGGACCUCCCAAGGGAGGCUGCUUCGGCACUCGUCGCAGCAAGAUUUAUCUUGCGGUAGCGGCCCUCGUCUUGGUAACCGGUGGAGCCGUGGGGGCUUAUCUGACGGUAGCCCCUCAAUCGUCAUCCGUAGAGGAGGCCGAAUCUUCGAGCAGCACCAGCACCAGCAGCACAAACGUAGCGGGUUCUGCCGGUGUUGGCCAUUUCGCCGGAAGAGAAAAACUUGACAAGGACAGUGUAGGUGCAAAUCAUAUUCCAUCUCCCACGCCUGAAUCCAUGCAGUAUGCAAGCGUGCCCACUGCCUCACCCGGUCCCACUGCCUCCAAUUUCCGAGAGAUCGCCGGUGUGAUCGACGAGGUCGCUCGCGACGGCGGAAAAGAGUUCAAAGAUCCUAACAGCUACCAAUCACGCGCUAAGCAGUGGGUACUGACCCAAAACCUCCCGGUCGAUGACUCCAGCACCAUGACCAUGGAGCAGCAGGCCAUCCAGCUCUAUGCACUGGCCUGCAUCUACUAUGCUACCUUCUCCGUCAGGAGCGAAUGGACGGAUGUUCACUACGGACUCGACCUGGCUCUUCCGGGAUGGUACAGCAGUGGUGGAUGGUUGGGAUCCGCGAAAGAUGUUUGUACUAAUUGGCACGGUCUUACGUGCGACGACCAGGGCAGAAUUUUCAAGAUUCAGCUGGAUACCAAUGGCCUGACGGGAGCUUUUCCACCGGAGGUUGCCCUGCUGCACGAGACGCUGAAUACGAUCGACCUUUACAACAACAUGGUGCACAACGUCGGCGACGAGGGAAACAGCUUCUUUGGUGAACUCACAAACCUGGAAUAUCUAUACAUUGGGACGACAAACUUCGAAUACAAGGGAAUUCCCACGGCGCUCGGGAAAUUGACCGCAUUGAAAGAGCUGGACGUCUCGUACAACUUGUACUUCGGUGAGCUGAACGGUGCCACCUUUGAAAAUCUUUCCAACCUCAGAUAUCUGGCAAUGGAUGGCAAUGCGUACAACUCGUCGCUCCCGAUUGAAAUUACUCAGCUUUCCAAUCUCGAAUACCUGUACGCUGGCUUUAGCUUCUUGCAAGACAACCUCGAAUUCGUUUCUUCCCUGCCAAAAAUACGAGAGCUCUGGGUAGACGACAAUCCGGGUUUGACGGGUACCAUCCCUCCCUCGAUCGCAGACGCGGGAAGUCUUGCGUCCUUUAGCGCCUCGAAUUGUGAACUCACGGGGAGCAUCCCUACCGAAAUGGGCUCGAUGGCCAACAUGGUCCAGUUGUGGCUGAACGACAACAACUUGACGGGGCAGAUACCCUCAGAGUUUGGAAAUAUCGUCACGCUGCAGAUCCUAAACCUGCAGGGCAACGAGUUGGUGGGGGACGUGUCGUCCAGUAUUUGCAGCAGGAGACGACCCUUCGGGCGUCUCGAAGAAUUGGGAGCUGAUUGCGACGGGGCAAUCGCUUGCGACGAAGAUUGCUGCACAUGCUGCGGUGACCAGUGUUCGAGUCGCUGAUCAACGAAAAGCAGCACCCGAUGGGAUGCUCACGGGUCAAAACGGUACGGCAUUGUUUUACAAUUUCCUCAUGCUGUAUGGAAUUUUAAUCAAUGACCAGAACUGGA